AUGCAAAUAAAAGAAGACACAGAAAUAAAGGCGACAGGAGAUGCUCAACAAACAAAUGAUCAACAGACUUCUGCCGCUGAGAAGAAUAUUACUUCGCCAAAACAUGAGACGAAUGUCGAUGACAGGGAACAAGAAGGCUCAAGAAGGGAUCCCUCGAACAGAUGGCUUAGAACAAGGAAAAGCGAUUACGAUCUCCCAGAUGCAAAACGACACAAGGGUGAAUUCAAGGACAAGCGUGCAUUAACAUCUGAUGGAAAACCAAUGUUCCCAAAUGAGAAGAGGAAACCUAAGAAGAAGGUUGCAUGUCUGAUUGGCUAUUGCGGUGCUGGAUAUCACGGUAUGCAGAUCAAUCCUCCGAACAAAACAAUUGAAGGAGAUCUUUUCAAGGCAAUGGUUGAUGCAGGAGCAAUUUCGAAAAACAACUCGAAUGACUUGAAGAAAUCUGGCUUUAUGCGUGCAGCAAGAACAGAUAAAGGAGUUCAUGCUGCCGGUAACGUUAUUUCCCUGAAGAUGAUUGUUGAAGAUGAAGAUGUGGUUGAAAAGAUCAAUCAGGCUCUACCAGAGCAGAUAAGAGUUUGGGGAUAUCAGCGAGUCAACAAAUCUUUUGACUGCAGAAAAAUGUGCUCUUCUCGUAUAUACGAGUAUCUCAUGCCAACAUAUUCAUUUCUUCCUCCACGUUUGAACUCGCCACUUUAUAAGCUGGUUAAGAGAAUGCAGGCGGACCAUCCAGAGAACAUUAGGGUUGAUGCAGAUGGGGAAAAGUUUUGGGUGGACUUGUUAGGGAAGUUGGAAGCUGCUGGAAUCGACCAGAAUCAACUGGAUCAGAUUACUGAGGCCAACAGAGAGGACAUCCCACUUACAGUUCCUCUUCAAAUUGCCUCGGAGACCGUUAAGAAGUUUUCAGGUGAAGCCAGAGAGAAGUACAGAAUCAAGAAAGAGAAGUUGGACGUAUUCAGAGAUACCAUGAAGCUAUACGAGGGAUCGCACAACUUCCACAAUUUCACCAACGGCAAGGAUUUCCGUGAUCCUUCGGCAAAGAGAUACAUGAAGAAUAUAACGGUAAGCGAACCAUUUGUUAUCGGCAAUCUGGAAUGGGUCUCGAUUAAGAUUCAUGGUCAGUCCUUCAUGCUCCACCAGAUUAGAAAGAUGAUCGGUCUUGCUAGUUUAAUCGUGAGAACCGGUUGUCCGAUCGAUAAAAUUAGAGAAUCGUUCAGAAUGCCCAAGGUGAAUAUUCCAAAAGCUCCAGCUCUUGGAUUACUUUUGGAAAGACCAGUUUAUGAUGGAUUUAAUGAGAAGUUGAAGAGCUAUGGUCACGAUCCAAUUACGUUCGAUAAGUUCACCGAUAAGAUGGAGGCUUUCAAGAAGAAGUUCAUCUACUCCAAGAUUUAUGAGCAGGAGGAAAGCGAGCACACAUUCCAUGGAUUCUUUGGCUUCAUAGAUUACUUUACCGGUAAUGAGGCAUCCAACCAAGGUUUGGCUAUUUUCGACUUUGUUACACAGGGGGAGAUUAAUGGUGAGAUCAAGAAUGAUGCCAAAGAGACAGGUGAGAAGGCAGAUGAGAAGAUAGAGAAUACAGAGAAUGUGGAGAACAAACCUGAGGAUAAAACAGAAUGA